ACAUAUAAGGACAACAAAUAGAUACAUGCCAAGUUCCCAAUCCAGUAUGCAUACUGGAACCAUAUUAGAUGAUCUUAGCUUACACCUGUUUCUGGCUGUGUUAUCUUCAUAUAUUGCCUAGUUCUGGAAAAAUAGUUUGCAUCUGAAGUCUUAAUUUAAUGACCAUCAUGAAACCUGUGAGUUUCAGAUUAUGCAAUGUCUCCAGUUACACUACUGAAUUGCUAGAGAUUGAAGCUGAUUUUCCUAAAUUACAUGUGCUGUUUAUCCCUGGAAAUCCUGGUCUUGUUGCACUCUACAAGGACUUUUUAGAAUCCUUAUAUGAGCGGCUUGGAGGUGUUGCAUCCAUAACAGGCAAUCUCUCUCUCUCUCUUGUUAACCACUUUUCUAAUUUAACCAAAUUGUUUUACAUUUUGUGUUCAUCUACAGCUAUUGGACACAUUUCUCAUACCAAAAAGGACUGGGAGCAUGGAAGGUUGUUCUCGUUGCAAGAGCAGAUUGAUCACAAGGUGGACUUCAUCACCCAUGAAUUGCAAAAUGUCGAGGCUCCUAUAAUCUUGGUUGGGCACUCUAUCGGUUCAUACAUAUCUAUUGAAACACUGAGGAGGUGUGGAGAGAAGGUGAUAUAUUGUAUAGCACUCUAUCCAUUUUUAACAUUAAACCCGAAGUCAAUAUGGCAGCCUAUUAUCAGGACGAUUUCAGAGUCCUCGGUCCUCUCUGCAGCCGUAAGUUUCAGUGUUGCAUUAUCAAGAAUGCUACCUAAGUGGGCUUUAAGGUUAAUUGUGUUCAAGUUUAUUGGGAAAUCAUGUUCUGCUACCGCCGCUGAGGCUGCUUGUAGUCAUUUGCCGCAGUACCAUAUGAUCCGGAAUAUUCUCUAUCUGACGAUGACAGAAUUCAGGGAGCUUUCGAAGCCGCCGGAUUGGACAUUCAUGAUGGAAAAUAAGGAUAAAAUCACAUUUUUGUUUGGUGAUGAUGACCACUGGGGUCCCCUGCAAUUGUUUGAGGAGAUCUCAAAGCAAGUUCCUGAAAUUGCUCUAUCAAUUGAAAGAGAAGGUCAUACUCACUGUUUCUCUUGUACUGAAGCUGGCUCAGAAUGGGUAGCUGGACAUGUAGCAUGCUUGAUAAAGAAUCAAAUACCUAGUUCGCAGCAAUAAGGCACUUCACCCACAAUUUUUCCUGGAGAUGAUGAUGCUGUGUGGGCUCUAAGGGGUCUUGAUCUUAGGGAAGUGGUGGAGACUGGUAAAGAUCCCCCAUCUUUGGCUCAGAUCAGGCGUCUUCCUUGAUUAUAAGAAACCAGUGUACCUUAAGCGAAUUAUGGACAAUAAAAGAAAAAACACAACUUGAUUUUCUUUCCAAGGCUCAAAAGCCGCAGCCUGGAGAUCCAAGCUGGACAGCCUUUACAUUAUUAUGGGUCAUAAACAACAAAAACAUGUUUUUUUUCCUUUUUCUCUCUAGUCUCAAGGAGCUACAUACUCGAGCUGGGCAGCCAUUACAUAUAUAUGGGCAAACUUUCGUAUCAAAUGUUACUUGGAUAUUCAAAUUAAAAUCUGAAUAUGCUCUCAAUUAUGGCUUCUGUAUGAUAAGAUGUUGAACAAUAACAUACCUACACGUAUGAUAAUUGAAAGUAUUAAAAGAAAAACACAUUUCUUAAUAUUUAACCAGAGAUUAGGAUUUGUA